AUGACGAAUGCUAUGUUUUCUUUCGGGGAGUUCAAUUUUGGUGGAGUUCAGGAUAAACUUAGCUCCACUGAUAAAGGUUCUGAUACUAUAAUGGAAGAGGUGAAAAAAAUUCGGAAACAAGUUCAUUCUUAUGAAGCUGACAAUUGGGGGGACUCAGGGGGAUUUGGUUCCCUUGGUUCUGAUUAUGGAUUUUAUGGCAAUAAUCACUACUCCUCAGAGCUCCUUUUCCCCAAGUUCCAACAACAAGAAGAGCAGCAACCAUUGGUUUCAGACUAUGGAUUAUUUGAUGCCAUGCAGUUUGAUGCUCUCUCUCCACCAUUUCAAGCAUGCUUAGAGGAGAUUGCAAAGCUUGAAGAUAUCCCAACUUUGGUUCCACAUGUUGAACCCAAGAAAGAGAAGCGAGAUUUCUCCUCCUUAGCAGGGCUUGAUCUCUUGAACAACUACGGCAGCGGGUUUAAACGGUUGAAUGGGGAAAGGAUUUUUGAGUCUAGCAAUUACACAGAUCAGGUGACAGGCAGGAAGUUAUCAACUGAAGAAAUCAUGAGGGUGGCAGGAGCAAGGUUCAUUCGGACUUCUUCCCAAGCGUCUGGUGUUGCUUCCAUGCUUAGCCAUCCUUAUGAAUUCUCCUUUUCUGGCCUCUCAGUUGAGGAGACUAGAGAUGUGGAGCUUGUUGAGUUCCUUCUGGCUUCUGCUGAGAAAGUAGGAUAUCAGCAGUAUGAGCGUGCAGGCAAAUUGCUUAAUCGAUGUGAUUUGUUGUCUUCCAGUACCGGGAAUUCAGUUGAACGAGUAGUUUACUAUUUUUCUGAAGCUCUUCGAGAGAAGAUUGAUCGCGAAACUGGAAGAGUCACACCAAAGGGUUUGGGGAACAGGCCUUCAUUUGAUGUUAAUAAGGCAAUGAAGAGACCAAAUGAGACCUCCCUUGCAUGUCAAAUCAAGAUUCCUUUCGGCCAAGUUGCACAAUUUGCUGGAAUUCAAGCCAUUGUGGAAAAUGUGGCUGAGGCUAAGAAGGUACAUGUAAUUGAUCUGGAAAUCAGGAAUGGGGUGCAAUGGACAGGUCUGAUGCAAGCCUUAGUAUCUCGUUCUGAUUGUCCAGUUGAGCUUCUCAAGAUAAGUGCUAUAGGAACUAGUUCCAGAAAAUUAAUUGAGGAAACAGGUAAGAGGUUGGAGAGUUUUGCCGAAAGCAUGAACUUACCCUUUUCUUUCAAAUUAGUGAUGGUACCAGACAUGCUAGAUCUCAAAGAAGAUAUGUUUGAGCUAGAUUCUGAAGAAACAGUUGCUGUCUAUUCUGAGUUCGCAAUGAGAACCAUGGUUGCACAGCCAGAUCGACUGGAAUCUGCAAUGAGAGUAAUCAAAAAAAUCCGUCCAUGUGUAACAGUGGUCACUGAAGUUGAGGGAAAUCACAACUCUCCAGUCUUUGUGACCCGUUUUAUUGAGGCCCUUUUCUUCUUUGGCGCAUACUUCGACUGCGUGGAAACUUGUAUGGAACGAAAUGAUCCAAACAGAAUGAUUUUAGAAUCACAGUACUUUGGGAAUGGACUUAGAAACAUUGUGGCAGCUGAAGGAGAGGAAAGGAAGAUUCGAAAUGUGAAGAUUGACGUUUGGAGGGCAUUUUUCGCACGGUAUGGAAUGGAGGAAAUAGAUUUGAGCCCAUCAUCCUUGUAUCAAGUAGACCUGGUGCUUAAGAAUUUUUCUUGUGGGAGUUCUUGUACAGUCAAUAUGGAUGGGAAAUGCCUUCUUGUUGGGUGGAAGGGCACACCUCUCCAGUCUCUUUCUCUUUGGAAAUUUCUUUGA